GCCAAACAUAUGGUCCGGCAUCGCAUUCCACGCAAAGGAAGCUACAGCCAAGAGCUAGGAGGGUUGACCUAAGACAAAUCAGAUUAGAGCGCUAAUUAUCCGUAAAAUUGGGAUAUUUUCAACUCGGCUGGAUACAGUCCAAAAAUGUAGAUGCCUGGCCUUCAGAGGAGUAUGUUGCCCAACUUCAAAUGCCUGCACUGCGAAUUCAGCUCGCCCUCGAAGGCUUGCUUGAAGACGCACAUGGUCAGGUGCCACCUAAUCCAGAUUUCCUGCCCCAACUGUCACAAUUCCAAGAUUUGCCUGCUGCAAAACAACAAAUGUCCCACGUGCAACUUCACCGUAGUCAAAAUCAGCAAGGUCGAGCCCAUCAAGAAGCAGAAUGCACAAGAAGAGAGUCCAAAAAGAAGAUUCGUUGCUAGUCAAAUAAACCAUCCUCUCGUUCAGAAGAGGGAACUACAUGCCUCUGAAAGAGUAGUGAUGCAAAUCUCGAGCCAGGAGAACAGGAGGAAAGUGGCUUCGGUGUCGCCGAUCGUCAGCUUGCAGGUCCCGCCUCCCUUGAUUCCGUUCGAGCAGACUAAAAGCAAGCAACAACUUGUAGCAGCAAACCCUUUCAAGAUAUUGAAACUGGUGCCUCAGAAAGGCGGUGAGAGUUUCUGCGAUGAGAUGAAGAGUCGAGUGCAGUCGGUGAAGCCAGAGAAGCGAAUGAACGAGGAGAGCUGGUUUCACUGCCCGUUUUGCCCGCUGAAAACUCGCUUCAAACUCGAGUUCAUGAGGCACGCACGGAGCCAUGGAGUGGACAAGUUUGUCUGUGAUCACUGCACCUACGAAACGGUCAACGAAGCCGACAUGCUGAACCACCUGAAGCAGCACCUGGACGAGGCGACAAACCGCUCCUACCUCAUGGAGGCUGCCAAGGAGUGGGUUUUGCACUAAUCAUCACACACGCGUUGUACAUUACAAAUUAUCAAUGAAACCAUCAAGGCUAAGUAAGUAAAACUGGAACGCGGCUCUCCGGUUUUCAGUCAUUUUUCAAUGGCAGGUUUUUGUUUUAGAAAUUCUUGGUGUGUUAUGAUUCAUUUCCGCCUGUCAUAACCUUUCAUUCGAAUUGAGCUUAAUCGAAUCUAAAAACUGUUCAACAUUUUACACUUACAAGGGAACUCUCGGUUUGCUCCGCUCCAACUUGGAAUUUUUAUUCCUACAAAAGGACCACCAGUCCAAAAAUUUUGAUCUAGAUUUGUUUUGAGUUACAGACUGGACUAAUUUUACUUCCAUAUCAAUUUAAAAAUACAAUCAUGAUUAAAAUUGAUAUGUAGAUGUAUCGAUUAAUGAGUCGUUUUGGACUUUUAAGAUUCUCAAAUAAAUACUCUUCCACAAGGCGCCUCUAACCUUAAUUUUAAUAAUUACAGACACAUUUUAAAAUAUUCAAACUAAAUAUUAUUUAUAAAUAAUUCCGUGAACAAUUUAUAUUUUAAAAAAGUUGAUUAAACAUUGCUUUAUACUCAAAAAGAGUUUACCAGGCCAGGCAAUGAAAAUAGCAAACUGGAAUUCCGAAAUGUUUAUAAAAUUCCAGCAGGAAAAGAAAUUUUUACCAGAACGGGAUUUUAUUUUGUUCUUGAAUUUAAAUAUUGACACCAAUUCAUCACAAAACUCACUACUUGGGAGGGAAAACAAAGGCAGGCAAGCACAUCCUGCGUAAAAUGGCUUGUGUUUUGCUGUUUAAAAAAAUCGACACUGGAAUAGGAAAGGAGAAGAAAUCAGCCAAAAUUUACUACAUCUUUUUGCCAUACCAGAUGGUAUUUACAAGUUUUAACUGAAAUUUUUAAAAUAUCAAAAGGUCUAUUAGUUUUUUUGAUUAAAAAAUUAUUGCGAUUUGAAUCUGUUGCAUGACUUGCCUAAUUUUUUUCUAUUAAAUCUCCUUUCUCAUUGAAGUUUGCUACAAAUUUUCACUUCUUGUGAGCAGAGGCUCAAAAAAUAGAUAAUGAAGAUGCCAUAAUGCUUUUUAAUACAGCAGUGAACAUUUUUUUGGUCAAGAAAUACAUGUUAGAGCAGAUCGAGCGCGUGGGUCCCUUGUUAUAGCUGUAAUGUAUCAUACACGAAACAACAUUUUCACUCACAUAAUUUAUAUCACGAACAAAUGAAAUGGCAAUUUAUUUUAUGAAUGAUUGAAAUAGGCACAGAUGCUUAUCUUAGACUACUGAUCUGCAUCGCUUUUGAUGUAAUUCUCAUCUUUUUUUAAUUAUGUAGAAUAGUGACUGUGCAUUUUGCAGCAUUUCCGAUGUAAUCUCAUAACACUUUCGAAACAAUGCAUUUGGAAGUUUACCUCAAUGAAGCAGUAUCUGGUGAAAUAAAUUCUUGAUAUUGUACUUUAUUACCUUGAAUACUUAUGAAUGGAUCAAUAAAAUACAAAUAUAUGUAAACGGUAAAACAAAA